AUGGCCUCCUCAACCAUUACCGUCAACAACCCUCUGACCGAUGCCCUCCGCGAUCUGAUCUCAGCAAACCACAUCCUGGACCAUCAUGGCGUGGUGGACGCGUACGGGCACAUCUCGAUCCGCCACCCGCUCGAACCCUCGCAGUACAUCAUGUGCGGCUACAUGGCGCCAGCCCUAGUAGCCUCGCCGACGGACUUGAUCUACUACCACGUGGCCGACUCCAGCACGGUCGAUCCAAACGCGAAGAAGGGAUACUCGGAGCGCUUCAUCCACGGCGAGAUCUACAAGCGAUACGCGGGGGUGAAUUGCGUGAUCCACUCGCACGCCGAGGAAGUCCUGCCCUAUGUCGUGAGCAUGGGCGUCCCGCUCAAGGCCGUCUACCACAUGUCCGGGUUUUUGGGUUGCAAGGGCGUCAAGGUAUUUGAUAUUGACCCGCUGUACAAGCCGGGGGAGCAGCGGGACAUGCUGGUCAACAACUCGCGUUUCGGCGCCGCAUUGGCCGAAAGGUUCGUCUCCGAUUCCGCCACGCAGAGCCCCGAGGAGACGGUGGUCCUGAUGCGCCGCCACGGCUUCACCUGCGUGGGUCGCGACAUCGUCACCGCCGUUUACAGGGCUAUCUACACGCGCAUCAACGCCGAGGCCCAGACAAAAUCCAUGGCCAUUGCCAACAACAAUAAUGUCCCGAUGCACGACCAAGGCAUGGCGGGCGUCGGCUUCCAGGCGCUGACGGACGACCAGAGCGAUGGCUGCGCGAAAAUGAACGAGGCCUUUCAGGAUAAACCCUGGAGACUGUGGGUUCGGGAGGUCGAGAGCCAGCCCCUGUAUCGCAACGAGUUGAGCCCCAAGCAGACCAUCAUAAGGCUGGCUUAG